CAUUUCAUUAGUUCAGUGAACAGUGCAUCCUCUUUUUUACAAGACACAACAAACAAAUUACAAAAUGGCCGAAUUAGUUCUCGUUUACAUUUAGUGAUGAGUUAAUGGAACAUUUUACAAAACUUGUAACUUGAUGACAAUUCACUACCAAUCGUUUCACAUGAGGAACAAAAUAUCCAAGUAAUUGUACUGUAUUCUUAUCAGGAUGACGACUGAUACUGAAAAGUAUUAUUCUAAUUGUUUUAUAUGUAACAGUAAACUUUCAACAAGAAAUACUGUUCAAAUUUUUAAUGAAAAAUCAGGAUCACGUUCUGAAAGACCUCUUGCAGAGACAGUAUUCUCAGUAUUGGAUAUUGAAUCUGACUGCAAUGAUCCGCACUCCAGUGUUAUUUGUAGGAAAUGUAAAAAAUUAUUUGAAGAGGUUGAUGCGUUAGAAUCUCGUAUAUCUGAAAUAAAAGGUGACAUAUUCAACAGUUACAAGCAAACUCAGAAAGUUAUCUCUGAAUCGUUUCUAAAUGACGAUGAACUUAACGAUCACGAUUAUUUAAAUGCAUUGGCGAUGACCAGCAAGGAGAAGACAGAAAUAAAGAAGAACACGAAUGUGAAAAAAAAGUUUUUAGAAACCAAAAAAUUAAUAGAUCCUGAAGAGGAAAAUGAAGAUAAAGAGGAAGAUAUGAUAGAAAUUGAGAAAGAAUCAUCGUCGAUUCAAGAUGUUUCUGAACUUGUCAACUCAAUCAAAGAAGGCGAAGAAGUCAUUAUUAAAGUCGAAUCGUUGGAUUACUUGAAUAAUGACUUGAAAAAGACAGUCUUGAAAAAAUCGAAAGUUAAUCCGAAAGAAGAAGAAUCACAAGAGCAGAUUGUUUUACGAGAAGAUUCAGUGUACACGUGUUUAUUGUGUCCUCGUAAUGAUGUGAAAGGCGAUGCAAAAAGCAUUGUAGCUCACUUGAAAACAGUACAUGAUACUCGAUUGUAUAUAUGUGAUUUGUGUGGAUUAGAAUUUAAGAAGCGAACAGAUCUUUCUGUUCACCUCGAUGAUCAUGUAGCUAAGGAAGAAGGCGAUUUUCAGUGCGAAAACUGCAACAGAAUAUUCAACAACUUACGACUCUUUAGAAUACACAAACGGAUUCACUACCCUCAAACCAAAUCUUGGCCUUGCGAAGUUUGUGGCAAACGAUACAGUUCUAGAAAUUUACUGGAAGAGCACACAAACACACACAAGGGAGUUCGACCAUACAUGUGCAAAUGCGGAAAAGACUUUGCCUCGAAAUAUACGUACAAGGCACACGUUAAAACACACGAAUAUCGUCCGCGUCCCUUUGAAUGCUCACAUUGUAGCAAAACCUUUUUAAGUCAGCAGAAUCUUAGUCAACAUGAAAGAACUCAUAAUGGAAUUAAAGAAUACGUGUGCGAUCAGUGUGGCAAAGCAUUUGGAUCACAACACAAUUUAGAAGUGCACAAUAUAGUCCACACUGGUUACAAACCAUACAAUUGUAGAACUUGUGGUAAAGCUUUUGCCAGAAAAGCCGAAAUUAGAGAUCACGAGAGAACUCAUACAGGUGAAAAGCCCUAUCAAUGUGAAUAUUGCGGAGCAACUUUCAGUCAAAGAUCCAAUCUUCAGUCUCACAAACGAGCGACACAUUACAACGAUAAGAGGUACAAGUGUGAUGAUUGCGGAAAAGGAUUUAAACGUCGUCGACUCCUGGAUUAUCACAUUAAGGCAGCUCAUACGGGAGAACGUCCCUAUAAAUGUGAAACUUGUACAGCAACAUUCGUGUAUCCCGAACACUUCAAGAAGCACAUGCGCAUUCAUACGGGAGAGAAGCCCUUCCUGUGUGAAGUAUGCGGUAAAGCUUUCAAUAGUCGUGACAACCGAAAUGCUCAUCGCUUUAUCCACAGUGACAAAAAACCUUAUGAGUGUUUAGUUUGCGGCACUGGCUUCAUGAGGAAACCUCUUUUAUAUGCCCACAUGCAAACACAAGGACAUCUUAAUGACACAAUUGUUGUCAACCAACCAAGAUUGACAACAGAAGAUGAUCAAGUUAUUACUGUCUCAGAUGGCAAUGUAGAAUUGUUAAUGGAAAAUGCCGACACAGAACAGCUGAGUGAAACUGGAUUGUAUGUAACUGAUCUAAAGAACCACGUCAUCAUACAUCAAGAUGGAAAUCAAAUAUACCAUGAAGGAAGUAUGCUGAACAUUCCUUCUGAUAGUGAUAUUAGUGGUGAUCAAGUUCAACAUCUUGUAGUGGAUGGACAGUUGCUUGAAAAUAAUGCGCAUUCGUCUAAAGACGAAGAUGAAGAGGGCAUGGAAGACGAUGACGAAGAUGAAGAAGGAGAAGAAGAAGGGGAUGUGGAGGAGUUAUACAGUUAUGAAGAAGAAGAUCACAAAGAAACCAUUGUCCUACCGGGAACUUCAAAUUACAAGCAGAUAAUAGGAGACAGUAAAAAUUCUGUUAGAUUGGUGCAAAUAAGGAUUCCAACUUCUUCUGCUGGUGAUGGGAGAAGUUGGUUGAACUUGGUACAAAGCACUUAAACUUGAUUCAAUUUUCAUACAGUCUUUUCUGAUUAUAAAUUUCAAUCUGUUUUAGGCAAUAAAAGUAAGGUUUCACUGUA